AUGAUCAAACCAAUCACAGGAACACUCAAGAGAAAAGUCGCUAUUGACGUUGGUAUCGGGUUCACUUUGGGUCUAGGCUUUGCCAGUUAUUGGUGGUGGGGGUUCCACAAGGGCAAAGUUGAAAAGAGAGAAGCUUAUUAUGCUAAACUAGCUGCUCAAAAGCAACAGGAGUAA